UCGAAUCAAGUUUGUGUGGGUGGGAAACAGUCGUCGAUUCCGUGUUCCAGUGGUUGUCCACAAGGUACCUAUUGUCGAGAAACCAGCUGCUGCCCCAUUCUACGUGCCGGAAUCAUACCGUCUAUUCCUGUUAUACCACCAAUCGGCUUCGACGUGCCUAUCCGAUGCCCUAAUGGCGUUGUGCCGACCGAACGGUGCGAAACCAAGUGCUCAACUGAAAUGAUUUGCUACCAGAAGUGGUGUUGUCCAGCUGAACAAGAAUUGCAGAAAACUGCUCGAUGGUGUGCUGGAGGCGGCACAGCGAUUGGAAGCUGCUCAGACGGCUGUCCAGCAAAUGCGGUGUGCGAAAACAACGUGUGUUGCUCGUAUUCGGAACUGUUCCUAGCUUGCUCAAGUGGACUCUCACCUGUGCAAUCAUGUUUCAGUGGUUGUCCGACGGGGACGGUGUGUGAGCCUGCCGGCUGCUGUAAGAUACAACCUGAUUUACAGCCGAUGUUCGUACAUGGACCAGUGGGCCGGCCAAUAUUUCCCGGAUUGCUGCCUUACGGAAAGGUGUCUACUUUCGAAAGUGAAAUUGAAAGAUACCUGACGAACGUUGGCUACGUGCAGUCAGGGAACCUUCAUUUACAAAAUCUGCUUAUGCCUUGUCCGGAUGGAAGCAUGGCCAUUCAGCGCUGCUCUCCAGGUUGUCCCAUUGGUUACGCAUGUCGUAACGAAGGCUGUUGCCGGAUGCCGCCCUGUCCAACUGGCGGCCUGGCCACAAACUGGUGCAACAGUCCAUUUGACUGUCAUCCUUUUCAGGAUUGCAUUCAGAGCGUGUGUUGUUCGAAGUCGCUGCGUCUGUGUCCUACUGGCCAACUGCCAUUGCUUCCUUGUGACAACCUUGGAAUCUGUUUUCUAGGCUUGCAGUGUAUAGAAGGAGGCUGUUGUCCGGCAGUAUCAUGUCCGAGAGGUCUUAAUAGCGUUGGCCCCUGUGGCAUCGGCGGUUUGUGCCCUCCUGGCUCUCAAUGUGCAGGCGGUCUCUGCUGUCCGUUCUCGACUUGUCCUGGUGGAAAUAGUCCAUUUUGGGGUGGGCAGCUACCUGGAGGUCCGUGCAUUCGUUCGGACCAGUGCAAUGGAUUUGCCAUCGGAACAGCGACAUGUAACUAUGGCUUUUGUUCAUGCGUCCCCAAUUCGUGGUCGAACGGUAUUUCCUGCGCUUUCGGCGCUCCUCCCCGGUGGAGUCCGCUGACCGCUUGUUCACAGUUCGCCAAACCGUGUACGAUUGCGCUUCACAGACGGGCGAGAAAACCGAUUCUCAAAGCGGACUUCAACAAGGACACUGAAGCAGCCUUCUGGAGGCCGAGCGAAGAUCUCCGGCGUUAUUGCAGUACGGACAAUACGUGCACCCCGGAAGAGCUAUGCUUGAAUAGCAGCUGCGUCGUGAAAAAGCAAAUCGGUGAUUUCAACUGCGUCGAAGACCGUGAAUGCAGCUGGCACUGCAAGCACGGAUACUGCUACAGCGACUCAGUAAAGGAUAUGACUCAGUGUCGUUGUCGAAAGGGCUUCUCGUUGCUCGGCAUAUGCUUCGAAAAGUGUCCCGCAGGUACCGAACAGGUCGACGAUGAGUGUCAAGCGCUAGCCACUGACGAAGAAACCCUGCGCAAAACGUGA